GGCGAGCUUCCAGCUCCAAUUCUUCCCCACUCCUUCAAUCGCACCACACCAAGCUUACAUUAUCUUAUGGGCAACAAUGAAUUAUUAUUCUACAAUGCUAGCUCUAGAUAGAGUUCUCAUCCAGCGAAUUCGUCUCUGCGUGUACGGAUGAUUGAGCCCCAGCGAUCUGCAAAACGCCUAUAAUUGAUCUCCCAACUCUCGAUGCUUAGUUCCCCCAGAUCACCGGCUCCAUUGAGCGUCGCGCGCCGCUUUCCUGGUUACCUCUGGGACUAGGCAGAAUGGUCCUUUCAGCACCUACCUUCAGCUUCAAGAUACCUUCGAUCCACGAUUCCACGCUGCUUGACUGCAGGAUUUAUCAUCCCCAGAAGUCGUAUCACACUAUCAACCCGGAAAGUAGGAAGCCGGCCAGCUUCGGACAUGGAGGUGACGAUGAAAGUGCCACCGCCGACCGAGACGGGAUCUUACGGAGAGUAAGGCUCGACGAAAACGAUCAGAGUGGGAGUUCGCGAUAUGGUUCAGGUAUUGGUAUAUGGGCGAAGAGGGGAGCCGUGAUUGCGCAUCCAUACGCACCUCUGGGGGGCUCGUACGAUGACCCCGCCGUACACCUACUUGCAUCAGAGGCGUUACGGGCGGGAUUUGUUGUAGGCACGUUCAAUUUCCGUGGUGCCGGUGCAUCCGAGGGUAGUACGAGUUGGACCGCAAAGCCUGAGCUUGCCGACUAUAUCUCCUUUACCGGAUUCUUGAUGCAAUAUCUGCUGAAUAUUUGGCUGGCCGAGCCCUCAGGUUGGAUCGGGCACGACAAGGUCGCGCCUGCAAUUGAACCUUUUGGGCCAUCUGAAUUUACUACUACCGCAGCCGCUGACUGCUCGAAUGCAAUGAUGUUGCUUCUGUCUGGCUAUUCCUACGGCUCGAUGAUAACCUCGCGGCUCCCGGAAACGGAUGAGAUUUUUGCUCGGUUUGAGAGCGUACGCACUGGUUCGCCGGAGGCAGAGAUAAAGCUGCGAGGACAAAGUCUUGCGAAAGAGUGGAACAAGGGAAUAUUACGGAGCUCUGUGCAUGCUGCACCCGACAGAUCUUCAGGGACAAUGCCUCUCAUGACUAUGGGGUGGGAUGAAAGUGAAAAUCAUGCCAGGAAUCGAAAAACAAGUCAUGAAGUCCGAAGGAGCUUGGACACGGUUCGGAAAAGUGUAGACCAUAUGAAAACAAAGUACAGUCAUCGGCCGCAUGCCUCAGUGCAACAAGCAUUUCCUGUAGAGGAUCCACAUACUCAGGUUCCUUCUCAAACACCUCGCUUUUUGACAUUUUACCUUCUCGUUUCGCCGCUUUUGUCCCCAGUUUCUCUGCUAGCUACAUUAUUUUCUCGACAAAUGAACUGGGGAAGCCAGGAAGAGUCGGACGAACGUUUAUCAAGGCAUGACACCCUUGCAAUAUAUGGUGACGAGGAUAUGUUCACUUCGGGCAAAAAGCUGAGAAGAUGGGCUCAACGUUUGAGUGAAAGACCCCAGUCAAGGUUCCGUUUUCAAGAGAUCGCCGGAGCAGGUCAUUUCUGGCAUGACCCGAGAGCAGCCAGAGAGCUUCGAUUAUCGGCCAAAAGCUGGUUCGACGAGAUUUUGAGCUGAGGAUAGUGUCGACGUACCCCAGUCAUCAUAUCUUAACGCUGUGUGUCAGGAUGUGUAAUUUGCUGGCUUAAGGGUUCAUUGGUUUAUAUCAGGAUGCCAUUUUAAAAUCGUCUAAUUAUACAAUGCAGCGCACUUGUGCCAAGUAAGUGUGAAUGAGGAAGAGUUUAAAUGGUUUCUAAGUUCAAACAAAAUAUAAAUUGGAGGUCUGAAGGCUUGAUGCAGUAAAUCAUGGUGACCACCGGCUGCCAUUCGUACAGUGGUGGGCCUGACGUGCAAGAUAUCUUCAUUACGGAGUGCGAUGCAUAAAAGCAAGCAUAUUCCGCCAAACCGCUUUAUUUAAAGAUACGACAUCUCUAGCAAAUAUACGAUCUCACAUGCAUG